GUGUCAGGUUGUUGUACUACAGGGGGAGCAGCCUCUGGUGCCUUGUUAUAGUGCAGCUGGAGCAGCCUGUGGUGCAGCAUUAUGGGCUGUGUAGCAGGGGUGAGGAUAUAGGGCAGCACACCCCUCUACAUUCCAGCAGUGAGGAACCAGAGUCUUUAUUACACGUCACAUGUUCUGUAUUCUCAUCCAUCACUAAGCAUGGACACGGACAGGAGUCACAGGACUGAGAGGAUAAUAAAUAUCACCAUGGAGAUCAUCUACCUGCUGACUGGAGAGGAUUACACAGUAGUGAAGAAGACAUCCAGUGAUUUUGAGACAUGCAGCAGCCGUCCCCGUGUGUCAGGAGGACUGAACAGGAACCGGAGCCCCAUCACGGUUCCUCAACCUUACUCACUGAUACAUGAGAGGCCCAAUGACCAGAAGAUCCUGGAACUCGCCAACAAGAUCAUUCAGCUGCUGACUGGAGAGGAGGAGGAGUAUAUAGAGGAACACAGGGGUCUGUACAAGGACGUGAUGAUGGAGAAUCACCGGCCCCUCACAUCACUGGAUGGGCCCAGUAACAGAGAUACCCCAGAGAGAUGUCCCCGUUCUCUGUAUUCCCAGGAUUGUACAGAGGAGAAUCACAGGAUCCCACAGAAGGAUCAGGAAGAAAGUCUGUCUGAUAUUAAAACAGAAGAUAUAGAGGGAGAACAAGAGACGUAUGUGACAGAUAUAACGACAGAAGAUAUAGAGGGAGCAGAAGAGACGUAUGUGGCUGAUAUGAAGGCAGAAGAUAUAGAAGAAGAGACGUAUGUGACUGAUAUGAAGGCAGAAGAUACAGAGGGAGAAGAAGAGACGUAUGUGACUGAUAUGAAGGCAGAAGAUAUAGAGGGAGAAGAAGAGAUGUAUGUGACUGAUAUGAAGGCAGAAGAUAUAGAUGGAGAAGAAGAGACGUAUGUUACUGAUAUGAAGGCAGAAGAUACAGAGAGAGAAGAGACAUAUGUGACUGAUAUGAAGGCAGAAGCUAUAGAGGGAGAAGAAGAGACGUAUAUGAGGGGUGAUCAGCAGUGUAAGGAGGAGGAAAUCCCUACAGAUAUCAGCACAGCAGAUGGCAGCACAAGCAGGAAUGCCUUGAGGGGACAUCUCAUCUUAUAUGCAGAUACUAAAACAGAAGAUAACAUCACACAGGAUUCUCCAGGAGACAGCGCUGUUAUGCUAAAUAUACAUCCAGUACCUCUCAGUGCAGAUAUAUCAUCCAAUCCCUGUAAUCACGAGGGCUGUUCUCCUGAUAACUCAGCUUUUGUUACACAUAGUGCAGCUCAUACACCUGAUAAUAUAUUUCCCUGUUCCGAGUGUGGGAAAUGUUUCACACAGAAAUCUCAUCUUGUUAUACAUCAGAGAAAUCACACAAGUGAGAGGCCAUUUCCAUGUUCUGAGUGUGGGAAAUAUUUUACACUGAAAUCAGACCUUGUUAGACAUCAGAGAAGUCACACAGGUGAGAGGCCAUUUCCAUGUUCUGAGUGUGGGAAAUGUUUUACAAGGAAAUCACAUCUUGUGACACAUCAGAGAAAUCACACAGGUGAGAAACCAUUUCCAUGUUCUGAGUGUGGGAAAUGUUUCACACAGAAAUCACAUCUUGUUAUACAUCAGAGAAGUCACACUGGUGAGAAACCAUUUCCAUGCUCUCAGUGUGGGAAAUGUUUCAAACAGAAAUCACAUCUUGUUAUACAUCAGAGAAAUCACACAGGUGAGAGGCCAUUUCCAUGUUCUGAGUGUGGGAAAUGUUUUACACAGAAAUCAGAUCUUGUUACACAUCAGAGAAGUCACACAGGUGAGAGGCCAUUUCCAUGUUCUGAGUGUGGGAAAUAUUUUACACUGAAAUCAGAUCUUGUUAGACAUCAGAGAAGUCACACAGGUGAGAGGCCAUUUCCAUGUUCUGAGUGUGGGAAAUGUUUUACAAGGAAAUCACAUCUUGUUACACAUCAGAGAAGUCACACAGGUGAGAGGCCAUUUCCAUGUUCUGAGUGUGGCAAUUGUUUUACAUGUAAAUCACGUCUUGUUAUGCAUCAGAUUUCACACAGGAGAAGCAUUACUAUGAGUUGAUACAAAACAGGUUUUAAGCAACACUCCUGUCACAGUAUUUUAACACUUUAUGUUAUCCUUCCACAGAUAAUUGGAAUGUGUGUCAUUAAUAUAAGAUAAUUGGAUCACUCCAGUGAAACUUUUACUAAUUUCUUUAUGGUAUAAAUUCUUCAAUUUA